AUGAGUCUGGGACUUAACUUUGGCGAGUCUCCUGAAUCGAGUCCUGUGGAGCGGUAUGUCUGGAUAGCGCCUGAGAUUCUGCACAAGAUCGAGGUUUUGUACGGUGGAGCAUACAUGGGUCCUGUUCACUACCUCGAGGAGGAGGAGCUGCCACGCCGCAGGGAUCAUCAUCAUUCAUAA